UUACCUUAUUACAUUUUUGUCUUGAUCCGAUGAUUUUAAUGUGAAAUUAAGGCAGAAAGGAACACCAACUCUAGCAUAUCGAUACGUGUCUUUACAUUGAGUGGUAAAUGGCAGGCGUGUUUAUCGAUUGAAAAUAGAGCGAAAUGACUGCGAAAUAUAACUGUACCAAAGAGAUUCUGACCAUAGUUUUGGAAGAACAUAUUCUGUGAAGAAAAUAUAAUUUAGAGAUCAAGCAAACAUCUUUUAUAUAAUGAAAUUAUUUUUAAAUAGAUCAAGGUGACCAAAUCAAUGAAAUAAUUUGUUAAUUGUCGAACGCUACCUUUCAGGGUUUAUUUCAGCAGACAGAACGUACACCACUCAGGAAUUGAUAUCCUUUCAGAUUCGAAACCUCAACCAAGACCUCGUGAGGAUCCGUGGAAAAGAUACAACAAUGUCUCGAUUUACGAAUUGUAUUCAGCGCUAUUGCUCGUGUCGAUGGAGAUUAUGCUAUAUUUGUGCAAUAGCUUCUCUUGUUAUGCAAACAUUAAGAGUCGAUAUAAGUAUGGCGUUUGUUUGUAUGUUGAAAACCCCGAAUCGUACGAGCGAAGAAGUUAACGUUACUACAAACAACCAACAUUGUUCCGGAUUCGAUAACCGUUCAAUGAUCGAAAACUAUGAAGGAGAGUUUGAAUGGAGCGACACGUUACAAUCGAACAUACUGGCUGGGUACUUCUAUGGAUAUAUAGCAACUAAUUAUUUGGGUGGUUUAUUGGCCGAUAAAUACGGUGCGAAAAGAGUUGUCGGAGGUUCAAUAUUCUCAGCAUCCAUUCUGACCAUUCUUCACCCAAGUCUGUCUCGAAUUAGUGGUUACUUGACCCUCGUUCUAAGGAUAUUAACAGGUAUGGCAUCAGGACCAAUAUACCCAGCGUUUCAAUCCUUAUAUGGACGUUGGGCGCCUCCGCAAGAAAUUGGUUCGUUGGUUGGGCUUACAUUCGCUGGUCUGUAUUUAGGUAAUAUUGUAGGACUUUCAAUAUCAGGUUAUCUUUGUCUUUAUGGAUUUGACAAUGGAUGGGGUUCUAUAUUUUAUAUAUUUGGUGGAUUAUCGUUGGUGUUUAGUUGUGUGUGGUUUUAUAUUGUCUACGAUACUCCAGAUGCCCAUCCAACCAUUAGCGAAAAAGAACGUUCUUAUUUAAACAAAACUAUAAUAAGUAAAAAAGUGGUGAAAAAUGUACCAUGGAGACGACUAAUUUCUUCUCCUGCUGUAUGGGCCAUUAGCAUUGGCUGGUUUGCUAAAAGUUGGACUGGUUUGUCUUUCCAGGUGUUGCUACCCCUUUAUAUGAAAGAAGCCUUAAACGUUAAUACGACCUCUAAUGGUUUAAUGUCAUCUGCUCCUUCGGUUGGACAAAUCAUUGCACUACCACUGUGCGGCAAGUUAGCUGAUUUUGUACGUUUAAAGAAAUACAUAUCAACUCGUUGUGUUCGCAUUUUAUUCCAAACCUUUGCGCUGAUUGCUUCAGCAUGUCUGUUGAUAGUCAUAGGAUUCCUCAGAUGUGACCAAACCAUUCUAAUAACUAUCUUAUUGUUUCUCAUUGGUAUAACUCUAUCAUUUUCCAGUGGUGGUGUUCUUGUCAACAACAAUGAUAUUGCUCCAAGUUAUGCUGGUAUUAUAUUUGGAAUUGCAAAUACAAUCGCAGCAACCUCGGGAAGUAUUUCUCCCUUAUCUGCAAAAGCUCUCACCCCAAACGGUACACAAGAAGAAUGGCAGAUCGUGUUUGCUUUGUGUGCUGCUAUAUGUGUUGUUGGUACAAUAUUAUAUGCAAUAUUAGCAAGAGGAGAAAUUCAAGAUUGGGCGAUUUCGGAAGACCCUGGGCCAUCUGUUCCCCUUAAUGACAUGAACACCAAUGAAUCGGCUUAACUAGCUUACUGAAAUUUUAGCAGAACCAAACACAUUAUCAACUAGAAUGCAUAGUUCUCUUUAUUUCAGUGAUUCCGUAAUAUAUGUAUGUAUACAUGUGUGUAUGUAAGUGUGUAUGUAGGUAUGUGUGUAAGUAUGUUAUACAUACACACAUAAAAAUUUCAUAAAAAUUGUAGCUAUAAAAUUAACAUAGAAUUAUAUACUACUACAUUUUAAGUACAAAAUCAGAAAAUAAUAUUGCUGUAUAUACAUCUUUCGCUUCCUUUC